AUGAAACUAGAUAAAGAACCAACAAUUCCAGUUAAUGGUUAUAUAAUAAAAAAUCUUGUUUGUCAGACAAGUACAUUUAAAGUUUGUGAUGCAAUAGACAUAAAUGGUAAUUCAUUUGUUUUAAAAAUUAUACCAGCUGAUAUUAAAGUUAAUCUUUUAAAAGAAGAACAUGUAAUUGAAUCAUUUGUUCAUAAUGAUAAAUUAUUUAUUGUUUAUGCUGAAAAUAAUUUUGCUAAAGAAGGUCAAGAUUAUUUUUCUUAUUAUAUGGAUGAAUCAUCAUCAUCAUUAUCUAUUGAUAAUAAUAAUAAUAAUAAUAAUUUAACUAGUGCGGGCACUGGGAUAAUUAGUCCUUUAUUAGAUAAUGAAAAAAAGAAUACCACAUCAACUACUACACGUUUAUGUUUUGAUGAUAUUUCAAUGAUAUCACAUUUAAAGAAGAAAAAAAUGUUUGGAAAUAUUAGUAAUAGUUGUUCAAAUAGAUUAAGAACACCAAUUCCAAAAAAUUGUAAUUUUAUUUUACCAGGCACUCCAGAGAGUGAUAUAUCUUUAUCAGAGGAAGAAACAGAUUCUGAAUGUGAUUCAAAUGAUAGUUUUGAUGACGAUGAUGAUGAAGAUGACGAAGAAGAAGAAGAAGAAGAAGAUGGUGAUGGCGAUGAUAUUAUCGAAGUAGUCACACCAAUCAAUAAGAAACUAGAUGAAUCAGUUAACAAUGAAUUAAUUCCUAUAUUAAAAUCUCAUAGUGAUGAUGAUGAAAUUUCAAAUAUGAUAUCGACAGAUAAUUUUAGUAAUAACAAUACAUCACCAAUUCAUAAAAAAGAACCAAAUUAUGUUAGUCAACCUUCACAUAUUCAUAUUCAAUGUCCAUUAACAAGAAUAAUACACAGUAAGCAUACAACUAUUAGAAAAACUCCAAUUCCAAGAGAAAUGUUACUUAACAACAACAAUAAUAACGAUGAUACUUCUUUUCAAUUCAAACAAAACAAAACACGUACCAAUACCUCGUGUGGUGAACCGUUUAAAUUAGAGAUGGUAAAGAGUUCGAUGUUGAGAAGAAGAAGUUCAACUAAAUGUCAAUUUUCUACAUAA